UGUUGUAGGAAAUGUGCAUUGUUUUGUAGGAUUUAUAUACAUGAUUGAUUUCGCCAGGGAGUCCUUGUCACAAUGACGGAUUACACACAGCAUAGUUGUCCUUUAAAUUACAUUGAAUCGGAACGCUCCGAGUGUGAGGUACACAUGCAUGUGUAGAGGACGUAUAACGUCACAUUUGAAUUUGAUACUUCCAGCCCUAUACGCCAGGAGGCCUGUGCAUUCUAGAGGAUAGAAGGACGUGUUAUAUUUGCGGUUUUACAGUCCUAGAUCCAAUAAUGUGGGUAACUGCUUCACAGCUAUUACCUCUGAACCUCUUUUCAAGAACGUUUAUACGAGCGUGCACAGGACCGGGCUGUCCUUAAAUCCUACAGACAAGACGUUUUAAAUGUUAUGUGAGGACGCAUGUGCUCAUGUAUUUAAAGUCAAAGGAGAAAAGACUUGCUGACAGUGGUGUAAUGCACGAUUUAACAUUGUAAAUGUUUUGCAAUGUGACCCCAAUAUAUUUUCUCUACCGGCUCUUUAAUAGCAUACGUGUUUACUCGAGUCGCGUAAACAAUGCUCGUCUCAUAUGGAACACGUGUUUAGGGCCUGGAAUUACUCUUACCGUGUCAGCAGAUUUAUUGUGAAAAGCCAGUAUGCCCAUUAUGUAGGAAACCUGCACAGUGAUUUUUUGUAAAUUCCACUGUUGUCUAUGGACGGUGUGUUCAUUGAUAAUUCUGGACUUCCCAUCAACAAAGAUUCUCACUCAGUAAAGGAUACCUGUAUUUGCUUGUGUCAUUGGUGUUUCUUUGGCAGUUCCAUGAGCCACACAGCUUGUCAGGGCUGUGAGUUACACUCGGAUCUAGUCAAGAUGUUUAAUUCUCUGCAAAUGGUGUAUAACGUCAUAGUUUAAAAGACUCACCCCUCCACAAUGAUUAUCACAGUAUCGGAAACCUAGGUUCGCUUGUGUCAGCCUGGAACCACAGUGAGCUAAAAUGUGCUUGAGGGCGAAAGGCAUCAUGUAAGAUUUUCAUCCCAUUAUAUUUCCGAACUCCAUUCAGAAAUUCCACUUUCAUAGAGGGCGUAGGUUUGCUAGUGUCUGUUUGCCAGUCCCAUGAGCAAGAAUGUCUAUCUGGUCAAGAAGCCACACUGACCUGGCCAGGCUAGCCAAAAGCCUCCAGGAGCGGAAUGUGCAAACUCGCAAAGGCCUGGCCGCCCGGGGUCACGGGGACUGGACGCCACCACAGCGCAAUAGGACGUGCCAUAGCGACAGUUCACUCAGUUUCUCUCAAGACGAGGAGUCCCUUCGACUGCUAUCCUUUACAGCGGCUGCCACACUGAGUCACCAAAGGCUGAACUCUAUGGGAAGUGCUGAUUCUGCGAUUAGUCCUGAUAUCUCACACUCUCCAAAAAGUUUCAAUGAGACCGUACUUUGUUCAGAAACCCCUAUGCGGAACGAAACCACAGUUUCCUUGCAUGAAUCAGGUGAGAGGUCUUCCGAAAGUAACCAGUCGGCUGAAACAAAAGCAUCGUCAGAAAAUAAAGAAUGCAACUCGGAAAGCCAUGUACAACAAGAAAUACGGCCCCGUUCUAUUAAAAACGUAGAAAUAGACUCGGAAAGCCGCGUACAGCAAGACAUAAAAAGUCAGGUAGUUGAUAAAAGAGAUAGCGACGUGGAAAGCCACGCACCGGUGAAGAGGACAGCUUUCUCUUUUGAAACAGAGGACUGUAGCGUGGACAAUCUGCGUGAGAAAGUAACAAACGUCCCAUGUGGUGAAAACCUGGGCACCAAUGAGAUAUUAUCUUCUAACAUACAGGGUACACAGAAAAGCACUAAGGACGAUGGAAAUGUGUGUGCACAGACAGAACUGGAUUUGUCAGUGAGGGAAAAUAUUCUGUGUGAAGAAUUAUCUUUUAACUCAAAUUUCAAAGUGGCUUCCUCUCCCCCUUUACUCGUCAUCACUGACUUCAGUAAUGAGUCUUUUAAUAGCAACACAGAGUCAGCAAAUGCAAUCGUGACGUCUCAUUCUCUUCAGCGAGGUUUCUGUCCUCCACACCUUUCGGUUGUUGAACACGCCGAGCUACAGGACACUCCAACGCAACAAUUAGUCUGUGCUGUCCAGUCAGUGUCGCAGCCAGUAAGUGUACCGCAGACCGACCUACCUGAGCACUAUGGUGGCGUAGCAUCACCACACUCUAUUGCCCUCCACGUCCCACCUCCCGGAGAAGAAUUUCUCGAGAACUCAGCUCUUGUGACCACCGAGAGUCUGUCAUCGUCCCCGCCCAUGCCAUUGCAUAAAGGCAGUGAACUGAACUUGUUGCUGCUUUCCCUCGUGAGUAAGCACAAGGAUGAACAAAGGUCUUUGGGAAAUGGAAUUCAUAAAAGCGGUCCUUUAAUAAUUUCAUCGAUAGAAAAUGAACAUGUGGCAAGAGGUGAUCAUAAUGCUUUGCGAAAAUUUGAAGAGAAUGUAAACAUUGAAAACGAGACUGUUUUGUCAGAAGUGAAUUCUCCACUUGACAAUGGCCGUACGUCUCCAAUUAAGUAUCCAUACUUUGAUAAUAAGAUACAUAUGGGGUGUCCUGAUGAUAGUUCAAGUUUUAUGAAGCAAGGUGCCCAUUCUCUUUCUUCAUUAAAUGGCUUAACAGGAAGCCCAGAACGCGGGGAAGAUAAAGCGAGUAAACAAAUGGUUCAUGUCAGUGCGACACACGGAAGGGAUUCCCCAAGAGCAAGCACAGGAGAAUAUCAGUGUGAACCGCACCCUGUAUUAUGUAGUUCUGGGGAGACUCUGAAAAUAGCAGAUGGCCCGAUUGCUGGACUUCUUUCUUCUCCUAACAUUGUGAUGUCUAAGCCUCCUGAUGUAGAACUGACUGUGAGUACUCGUUGUUUGUCAGAUACUCCUACCGAAGUACCUACUACGUCUCCGCGUGAAGAUAAUUCAAAUCAAAGCAAUUUGAGUCGGGUUAAUGCGGCAGUGCAUUUUGAGAAUAAAGAUCUUUCAAUAGGGCAGUGUGGUGAUGCGAACCUGCAGUCACCGUCGUGUGGAAACACUGGUUCUAAUACACCAAAGUCUCUUGAAUUGUUUGAUACUUCAGAGACUCGGUUAGAAGGAAGUGAUGUCCAGCCUUGCCGAUAUGCGGGCACUGGUCAGUUAGUGGAAAAUCUGGCAGACCCAGAACAGCAGCCAGUGACUGAUGCCAACCCUGUUUCUUUCAUGGGAAGUGGUCUUUGGUUUGUAACAGACAAAAGACCGAUUGGCGCCCGGUCACUGUCUAAUGGCGAAGAUAUUGUUACUCAAGCAUUGCCACAUGUGGACCAAGAAGUGCAUAGAGAUUGUAAGGAAGAGUGUCCCAGGAAUGGAGAGUCCUUAACUUUCAGUACACCAACAAAACGUUUCUCAGAUCCCAAUCACCUAGCCAUCUCAGGAUUUCCUUUGCCAUUUGAUAGUGAACAAUGUUUACAAGAGACUACAAGUCACGAGCCUAAGGACAAGCACCAAACGCAGACUGUGGGGACUUUUUCUGACAUUGCUACUUUUAGUUUAAUAAUUUCUCAGGGAACACCUUCUUUGGGCAUUGAAAACAGUCCACCAGAUGUAAACUCACUGACCUCUGAGGCUGUGAACCGAGCUUGCACAUGUUGCACGUUUUCCACAGGAACAAGGAUGAGCACAUCAAGAGAGAUAACCACGCAAGUGGACACAGCCAUCACUGUAUCUCAAGUUCCCUUACAGCCCUCGAUAAUGAAAAUCGGAGAUCACCGUCAUGGGGAAGUAACAGAACCGAAUAUGGCAGGCUCACCGUGCAACGUCUCACCACAGUCAGUCAGUCAUGUCUCACAGCACACUUUAGUAUCUUCCCCUGUGCGUGUAUUCCACUACGUGCCGCAUGCAAAAUCUCCCGAACGUGAAAUUCCAAGUUCUCGGUUUCAACAUCAGAGGGAAGUCACCGGAGAUGACAACACCUGUGGCGCACCAGUCUCUGUUUUCCGCCACCCUCCCACUUAUUCUGACGUUUCAGGUUCUUGUGCACCAAAUAGUGAUAAAUCUGAAAACAAAAUUACGGAAAAUUGGCCUAAGCCGUCUAAUUCCCCCAGUGCUGGGGAUAGUGUGCAGGGGAAUAACCAUUGCAUGGUAAAUAAGACUGUAAGUGACGUGAAUCGGGACACUGAUGUUCUGAGGGACAAAAGAACUUUUUGUGUAGAUGUUGACCAACCUCCGUUGACCACCGUUGAGAGAGGAACGCAUUCUGCUCCCGAGAAUGCUUUUGACAAUAUCGUAUCUCGAGAACAUCAGACAUUGAAAAACAUGUUCAAGAACGUAUCUGUACCCUGCCAGCAUUGCAUGGAGCAUCAGUCAACAACCAGCACAGAGAACCUACACUCGGUGUCGUUAGAUUCGUCGAGUAUGUCGUCAUCAAAUUCAGACGUAGCCAGCGUACACUCGUCAAGUUUUGAGACUCAUGUUGGAGAAAUGCAAGAAAGAGUAUUUGGACUCUUGUCAGGCGCGGAGUUUGAUGUGGAUACUGAUAAAGAAAACACGGAGAAAGGAUUCGCCUCAACUAUACAUCGUGGAGGGAACAAUAAACUGCCUUCACAACAUGGGACUCGUACUUUCACCGAAGAGGGAAAGCAACUGUUUCCUUCACAUUUGCUUAUCCCAAAGUCCCCCUCUGACUGUUCCAAAGAAACGUCCACGGCUUUGUUAGAUGUACUCAAUGCGAUCUCUGUCUUGAAAGUAAAAUCUUGUAACCAGGACCUCCCGUCUUGGAGUCGAAACGAAUUGAAAAGUAUAUUGCACAUGCUUCACAGCUCGCAGAACGUUUUGUUUCGGAAUCCUUCAAAUGAACUGAAGUCGAUUAAGAAAGACUUGAGAAAAUUGUCCUCAUCGCUUAAAAGACGGCUGUUAAAGAGUAAGGACUUGCUCAGUCAAGAUCUCCAGGAUAGGAUAGACAUUUUUGAGGUGAGAAGAGGAUCUUUUUGGGCAAAGAAUGUAAGCUCUGAAAACAACAAUUACGAUAGGUGUGAGAUAAGUGCAAGCAGCGACGAAGACCCUCAAGUCAUGCAUUUACAAGAUGUAUGUUGUGCACGACAUAAUGGAAGUGGUCAGCAUUCUGUGCUUUCUUCGAACUUUCCGAAAUGUGACAGAAAAACCUUUAAAAAGAAUUCUGGCGGCCCUGCACAACGCGUAGACACGAAUUUGAAAACGGGAUCUCGGUGUAUCUCCAAACCGUCAGCACAGAAGCGAAUAACUUCUGUGAAAGAGUUUCGGAAAUUGUCCGGUAAAUCAGAAAGAACCUCUGGCAGUGGCAGUAUGAUACAAGUCCCUUCAAAGGCGUCUGCCUUCCAAAGACAAAACCCGUAUGCUAAAAUGCAUCAGUUCAUGUGCGAAGAGUCGGAGAUGAAGUCAUAUCAUGACGUCACUCUUGCUACCAAAGUCGUUUGCAGCACCGAUAUCUGUGUAGCUUCCCUCUCCCCAGAACUUUCUGUUUCACCCACAAACACGUGCCCUCCCACGUCAUCUCCGGUUCUCACAAUAACUAACACGAGCAGAUACUCUGACUUUGUUACCUUAGGUCUUCCUUCUUUUCAGUCUGAGCCACCCGACAGUGCCCAGGGCGCCCCCGGACGCGGUGCUGGCUCUCACUGUACGGACAGCCUGCUGGUGUCUGGACAAAGUCUUCCUGGAACAACGUCUGGUCUAUCUGGUCAAGGCAGCGUGAACGUUGAGACGUCCCAGUUGUUGCCGUCUACGCCGGAACUGCUGGCGUCUGCUGCGCGCGCAGACAUGGAGAAUGAUGGCGAGCGAGGCUUCCGGAUGGACAGAGAGUUUGACAAGUACCUGGCUGACAUGAAGCCCUUUGUCCUAAAACUGCCUCAAAGAACAGAGCGCCAGAAGUGUGCCGUGUGGAUCAAGAAGCUGUGUGAGCCGCCCGGUGGUGGGACUUCAGUGAGAAAAAUUCGCAACACCUACGCCCAGCUGAUGCUCCAGAUGUUGAAAAAGGGCUCCUUGAGUUCGCCUUUUGACCACAAACCGGAGGAGGGUGCCCUUAGGCCGCUUCCGCCAUACAUGUCUAUCUAUUUGGAUGACCCUGUUUCAGCUGACUUUCACCAGACUGAGCACCUGCCAGAUUGGGUGGAAGGAGAGCUAGGGGAGUCGGUCGGCUCCGCCAGUUUGGGCAAAGCGUUGGGGAAUCCAGCGGCGACCUCCACCUGGGUGUCCAGUGUGGGCGACUUCAGGGACAGGCCUCACAGCAGUAUGGGCCACACGUUGGACAAAGACCCCUCCCUGUCCCCGAUCAGACAAACAGAAUUUCCCAGGACCAGAGGCUACUCAGCUGAUGACUUGAGUAUAGAGGUGAAGCUAUCGCCACCGCCCCCUGUACACAGACGCCCCAGAAGUCACCAGUCUCCUGCCGGGGACAGAGAAAAGAGACAACUUCCAGAUGUAAGGCAGAGAGAGCCCAAAGAAGACCACAGGCACAGGGACACUGGAAAUGACACAGACUGGAGCAAGCCUUUUUCCUCUUCAGUGACAUCGAAUUUCUCCUUGCCAAAAGGAACCACCUUCUAUGAUGAGCCAUCGUACAGUAAACCUUCUGACAGAGAGGUGGCAUUGAGAACGAAAAUGAUCGAAGCAAAAUUUCAUGAAGAGAAACUCAAACUGCAGCAAAAGCAUGAUGCUGCUGUUCAGAAGAUUUUAGAUAGGAAGAAUACAGAAAUUGAAGAUGUCAAAAACCACUACAGAGCAAAGAGCAAAGAAAUGGAGGACACUAUUGCCAAAUUGGAGAGAAAAGUUCAAGCCCUGAUCAAAGAGACAGAAUACAUUACAGAGAACAAGGAUAAACAGAUUGCUGAGCUUAAGAAAAUGACGGAUGAAUCUAAUGAAACCAGAAGAAGUGAAUUUGAAAAACGGCUUCAUGAUGUCAUGGCUGAGUUUGAGCAGGAGAAAUAUGACCUUCAAAAGCAACACACUCAAAACAUCCAAGAAAUCCUUGAUGACACAAACAGUCGGCUGCAACGUAUGGAGGCAGAGUACAGUCAGCAAACUACUUCCACAACGAAUGUGAUAAAAGAGCUGGAGAGUCGAGUCCAGCAGCUGAUGAAUGAAGUGGACAGCACGUUAAGCCAGCGGUCAGCUGUGGAGAAAGAGAGGAAUGAGACACAAAUGAGGCUGGAGAGACUGACAGGGGAACAUGAAAGACUCAAGGAAAAGAUGGGUCAACAAGAGAGGGAGUACCAGGUUGCUGUGGAGACACACGAACAUGAGCUGAGGACGCUGAAGAAUAAGACUGAGGCAAGCCUGGAGUUCCUCAAACAGGAACACACUAUGGCAGCCAGCAAGUCUGCCGACUCAAUAUCAGAACUGGAAGAGAAAGUUGAUCAGCUCAAGAAAUCUCUGAAGGACUCUGAAGAUCACAGGCACAGACAGAUCAGGGAAUUGGAGCAAGGGCAACAACAAGACAAAGUGCAUGUUGAGAACCUUCAUGACAAACAGAUCAGAAAUAUGAAGAAAGAAAUGGAGCAACUGGAUACAGACUGGAGCAAGAAAUUGACAAAAAUGGAGCAAAAUCUCAAAGAAAAAGAGCAGGAACUGAGCAAAGUGAAGGAAGAGAAACAGAAACAAGCUCAGCAAAGUGAACAGGCGCUGGAGGAGUUCAAAAGUCAGGUGGAGAAGAAUCAAGUCAAGAUUUAUGAUGACAUGAAACAACAGAUGGAACAAGUGGAAACUGAUCUUACAAAAUCCAAACAAGCUCGAGAAAAACAAGCCAAAGAGUUCAGCAGGCAGCUAGAGGACGACAGAUACAAACACCAACACGAGAUUGCGGAAAUGAAGAUGUCCCUGGAAGGGGAGAAGUCCCAGAUGCUGCGUGAGCUCCAUGUGCAGAAGGAAUACCUCCUAGCCGAGCACGACAAGGACAUGGACAACCUGAAGGAUCUACACAGAGCGGAGGUGCUGGCUUUGGAGGCCCGGCUCAAGGAGAGGCAGGACCGCGCUGAGAAGGCCUCCAAUGACAGUGAGCGUCUGAUCAGAGAGCUGCGCGAGGAACUUGUUCAGGCAAACCAACUACGCAAACAGCAGCUGGUGGAGCUGGGCCUGCUGCGGGAGGAGGAGAAGCAGAAGAUGCACCGCGAUCACGAGGCUGAGUUUGCCAGAAUCAGAACAGAGAACGAACAGCAGAGGUUAGAACUGCAGAAGUCCCACAAUACUGAGAUGGAGACGGUUUUAGAAAAGACGAAUGAAAGAUUAAAAACCAUUGAGAAAGAUUAUGCAGACAGAGGCAACAAGUCGGCAGAGUCUGUGGCAGAGCUGCAGUCCGUUGUGGCACAACUGCGUGGUGAUAUCAAAAGGUCGAAGGAGAGCAGUGAUGAAAAGUUGUCGGAGCUGAAGCGACAGUACGAUGAAGAGAAGCAGACUUUACGCAAACAGUAUUCCCACAACCUCACAGCAAUCCAAAGAGAACUUGAAAACCAAAGAAAUAAAGCCCAAGCUGCUGACAGAAAUCUCCUGAAGAAAGAAUCUGAGUUUGAGGAAAGAGUCACGGUGUUAAAGUUUGAAUUUGAAGAGAAAGUGCGAGGACUGAUGCCAACUGAGUUGAAGCAGGAGUUGGAAGACACAAUUGCUUCACUGCAGUCUCAGGUGACGUCCCUACAGCAACGGGCGACCAUGUUACAGGAGGAGCUAGACCUUAGGAACAAGACAUCCCUCGGACCGUUCGGAUCUCAGACCAGCUCUCCCAUCAAGUCUGCCGUGUGACAUGCGCUGUAGCAUAGACCAUAGACUGUUUUGUUAGUAGGAGUGUUUUUCUUGACGAUUCUUUUCAAAUGCUUCAGAGUGGUGACUCAUACUGUAGCUAAGACCAAAGACUUUGUAUUUAGAAGGGGCAAAACUAGAUUCUACCACUUUUUUUUCAAAAUUCUUCACAGUGGUGACACAUUCUUACAUUUUUCUUCAAAGGGAUGCAACAGUGUACUGAUAUUUUUCUGAUUUUUUAAAUUAAUGAUAAUAGCGAGUGCCUGCAAAAAUGUCAUAGUUUGCCUUAACAGCAAGAGACUGUCUUCCGUCCAGAGGGGACACUUCCCAUGCUAGUGACUUCAGUUACAUCAAAGGAUGAAAAUCUUGCUGUCAGAUGCAGCUUUGUUUUAUAAAGGAAAAUAGAAGACAAAGAAAAAUAAGGUGACAGGAAGAAAGCGUAGAGCACAAAGGUCGUUCCAUUUCUUUCAAUAGUAGUGGCAUCUGAUAGAAAGACACAUGAUUGAUAUUAUAAAGUCAGUCUUUACACUGCCAUCAAACUUCCGUUAUUUUGAUAAGAUAGAGCAGAAUGACUGGCUUGUUUAAUGCAAAUAUUAAGGAGGUUGGCUUUACUUUUAUGGGCAUUUUGAGUUUUCUGGUAUGGUUUGUCUAACUGAUAUGUUUGAAAAAUUACAUACCUAGAAAGCUGAGAUAAAGUCUGGCAAUGUUGAAAUAAAAUAAGAAUUUUGCUUCAACAGAAUUAAAACAUUUUUCAAGAUACAACACGUUGUGAUAUGGAUGAAAGUUUUCUAAUUCGUGAAACAUUUUGAGCACAAUUUUCAUUUUCCUUAUAUUGCAAUCUCCCAUGCCAUAGUUUCAUUCUACAAUUGAGUUUUUUAAACUGCAAUUGUUGGGAAAUGAAUGAGUAGUUGCUUUUCCUUUUCCUGCUUCCUUUGCUCUGGUCUUCUUAUGAUUGUCUUUGUGGUUGUCAGUUUUGUUUUAUAGACAUGAAAUUUCUGUCAGAUUUCCUCUGUGGUAGCCUCUUGUGUACUUAUUGUUAUGGUAUCAUCAAAUUAUUUUUAUUUCAAUAAUAUCCCAGCUUGUUGUCAGUGAGAUCAAUGUCAGUUCAGGGUAUUUCCAAUUUACUGUAUAAUAAAGAAUUUAUAAACUAAUCAUACUUAUAUUUGUACAGUGGAGUCCACUUAUAACGAGUCCUGAAACAACGAGAAGUCUGUUAUAAAGACACUAUUCUAAAACCCCG